AUGGCAGCAACAAUGUCGACAAACACAGAGCGAUGUAAUCUUCUCUCAUUCCUUGGAUAUCGUGUAAACGUUGAGCUUGAUGAUUCUUCCACGCUUACUGGUCGUCUUGUGUCGCUGGGUCCAACGUCGAAUUUGAUACUGACUGACGUGGAGCGUGUGAUGCCGUUGAAGCGUCGUCGUGGUGGUACGAGGCGUGUGUGUUACGAUACAGUGUUGUUUGUACGUGGCGCUAGUGUCGUAGCGGUGAGCCACACAAGUGGUGUCACGACAGAUCGCACAGUGGUGGAUUCCAUCACAGGAAGACAGGCGGAGACGAGUAGAACGAUUCAAGUUGCAAGUCAAAGCCUUAACGUACCUCUCCGAUAG